AUGAGAAACGUUGUUUUUUUUAGCGAGCCAGAGAUUUACGAGAACUAUGAUCCAGUGAGACGCCUCAGUAAGAUGUGGGACUCUAUACGGGUUCCAAUUAUCGUCCCUCUUUUGCGCUUUGCGGUUUAUCUAUGUCUGGUCAUGUCAAUCAUGCUUUUCCUUGAAAGGGUCUACAUGGCAAUUGUAAUUGUCUUCGUCAAACUCCUGGGGAAGAAAAAGUACACCAAGUACCAGCUAGACGCCAUAAAGGAAGACCUCGAGAUGAAUAGGAACUACCCCAUGGUGUUGGUUCAGAUCCCUAUGUUCAACGAGAAGGAGGUUUAUAAGCUAUCAAUUGGAGCUGUAUGUGGGCUAUCAUGGCCAUCAGACCGGCUCAUCGUGCAGGUUCUUGAUGACUCCACUAAUGACGAACUAAGGCGAUUGGUGGAAUUAGAAUGCCGCAAAUGGACAGAAAAAGGAGUUAAUGUCAAGUAUGAGACCAGAAACAACAGGAACGGGUACAAGGCUGGUGCACUUAAAGAAGGCCUAAGGAAGGACUACGUUAACAAUUGUGAAUUUGUUGUGAUAUUUGAUGCCGAUUUUCAGCCAGACGAUGAUUUCCUGUGGAGGACUAUCCCAUACCUACUCGAGAACCCAGAGUUGGCCUUGGUUCAGGCAAGGUGGAAAUUUGUGAAUGCCGAUGAAUGCUUGAUGACACGGCUCCAGGAGAUGUCACUAAGCUAUCACUUCAGUGUGGAGCAGGAAGUCGGCUCCUCCACGUGCUCGUUCUUCGGGUUCAAUGGAACUGCCGGCGUCUGGCGUAUCAAAGCACUGCAUGACGCCGGCGGCUGGAAGGACAGAACCACUGUGGAGGAUAUGGACCUGGCAGUUAGGGCUAGCCUCAAGGGCUGGAAAUUCCUUUUUAUUGGUGAUUUAUCGGUGAGAAAUGAGCUGCCGAGCACAUUCAAAGCAUACCGAUACCAACAGCACCGCUGGUCAUGCGGGCCCGCUAACCUCUUCCGAAAAAUGUUCAAAGAAAUCAUCAUGUGUGAGCGUGUUUCACUAUGGAAGAAAUGGCAUGUAAUAUACGCUUUCUUUUUAGUGAGGAAGAUUGUCGCACACUGGGUUACCUUCUUCUUUUAUUGCAUAAUAAUCCCAGCUACAAUCUUGGUCCCAGAGGUCAAUCUUCCAAGACCAUUAGCUAUAUAUCUUCCCGCGUGUAUCACCAUUCUUAAUGCAGCCUCAGUUGUAAGGUCUAUGCAUCUGCUUGUCAUCUGGAUACUGUUUGAGAAUGUCAUGUCUCUACAUAGAUCGAAGGCAGCAAUCAUAGGACUCCUCGAGGCCAAUCGAGUAAAUGAAUGGGUUGUAACCGAAAAAUUGGGAAACACAAUGAAGCAAAAGAACAAUUCAAAAUCAUCCAAGAAGCCUCGAUCGCGCAUCAGAGAGAGGAUUCACAUCUUGGAGAUUCUAGUAGGGAUGUACUUGCUUCAUUGUGCGAUCUACAAUAUGCUAUUCGGACACAACCACUUUUACGUUUACCUAUUACUACAGGCAGGAGCUUUCUUCCUCAUUGGAGUUGGGUAUAUAGGGACGUUUGUACCCACAUGA